UUACACGCUCAGUUUGGAAUCAGUUCAGUCCGUGAUUGUGGUCAGAAUGUUGUCAGACUUCGCGUGUAAUGCGUUGACUGAUGGACUGAUAAACCAGACUGAUCGAUAUUUAAAUAUUUUAAUAAUUACUGUCAGUCUGUCGAGGAUUGACGACAGAUUGAUCGUGUAUUGCGCACAAAUCAGUCUCAAAUCAGUUACCUUCCGGUCAGCAAUGGAGGUGCACGUGGACGACUCGCAAACGCAGCCGUUGGAGGUCGAGAAAGAUUUUAUUAUAACGUUUGAAACCAUGCCAAUCCUAUGGGAUAAAACGGACAAAGAUUACGUUAACAAAUAUAAGAGAAAUGAAGCUCUGGAAAAGCUGUUGGUCAUAUAUAAAAAAAUAAAACCUCAGGUUACCUUGGAUGAUGUCAAAAAGAAGAUAAAUACAUUAAGAUCAAAUUACCGUCGUGAACUAAAAAAAAUAGAAUCAUCGCGAAGGUCAGGGGCUGGAGGGGAUGAUAUAUAUACCCCAAAAAGUUGGACGUUUGAAUAUCUUCAUUUUUUGGGCAAAUUUGAGAAACCUCAGAUUCUCGAUACUGAUGGAGAUGAUAAUGCAGAUGGACCUAGUCCAGACCUAACACAACCACAAGAACAGGAGAGAAUGGAAUCGCAAAGAAGCGUUUCAUCCAUUUCCUCUGCAAACACAGUGAUGCCGCCACCGCCUGCGAAGAAAGCGAAGAAAACCAUGCUUGCAAAGCAAAAUGAGUUAUUAGAUCGGGCAUGUGCAUAUUUAUCUGAACCCAACAGUAGCAGUAGUGGUGCUAACUCACUUGCAUGUCAUUGGGCAGAAACUUUAGACCGACUUGAUCCAACUCAAAGAUUGUAUGCUAAAAAGGCAAUCAACGAUGUGCUAUUUGAAGCGGAAUUAGGAAAUUUACAUAGACAUGCGGUUCAAAUUAAUACAGCCACAUAUAUGCCUUAUUUGCGCUCACCUCGGAUAUCUCAGCAUUCACCUCAGCCUUCUCCCCACUCAUCUCAACCAUCACCCCCACCUCCACAUUCACCUCAAUCAUCUCCGUACUCACCUCAACCUUCUCCGGACUCAUCUCAACCAUCUCCGCACCUAUCUCAACCAUUUCCACACUCAUCUCAGUCACCUGCUACCAACGUGUUAACACCUCUUUCAUCCCCUUCUCUCGCACUUGAAUUUGAAACACAAGAUUAUCAUCCUACAUACUCCAAUAUUGGGUCACUAUUUACUGACUUUACAGGAAAUUAGUAAAUAAUUGCAUUAUGUUACUUUUUGGUUGAGAUACUUUUCUCGUUUUG